CAAAAGCGACUGCUGAGGAGAGCAGCCGCAGCCUUCUUGACACCAAGGUACGCAGAUCUGGUAUGAGGGAGGCAAUACACAAACAAGUUUCCCGCCGGAACGGCGUUCUGUGCUCGGCACCUCUGGAACAGUGGGUGUGCUGUGUGGUUGUGCGGGUCAGAUGGUGGCACCGGAGAAGAAGGUCAAGAUCGUGAAGAAGCGCACCAAGCGCUUCAUCCGCUUCCAGUCUGAUCGCUUCAUGAGAGUGCCGGUACGUACCGAGGAGCAAACAAGACAGAUAGCGAGGCUGGGGAGAGGCAGCGAGGCACAGAUGAGACCACAGAAAGGCCUGGAACGCAGAGGAACGGCUCGUUCAUCAUGCCUCCUCCUUUCCGUGUCUGUCCCCCCCCCCAUCAGGACCACUGGCGGAAGCCGAAGGGUAUUGACUGUCGCGUGCGUCGCCGUUUCCGCGGUUCGGUGGUGAUGCCCAACAUUGGGUACGGCUCCAACAAGAAGACGCGUCACAUGAUGCCGGACGGCUUCUACAAGUUCACCGUGUCCAACGUGGCGGAGCUGGAGAUGCUCAUGAUGCACAACCGCAAGUACGUGGCCGAGAUCGCCCACAACGUCAGCUCACGGAAGCGCAAAGCCAUCAUCGACAGGGCCGACAAGCUCAACAUCAAAGUCACUAACAGGAACGCCAAGAUGAGCACAGAGGAGAACGAAUAGACCACGGGGGAGGGGAGGCCUGUGUGAUUGGCUGAGGUCGGCUGGAUGGAGCAUGUUUUGAAUGGUUGGUCUCCCUGUGUGUGAGUGGUUGGUGACAUAAUGCGG